AUGGCCACUUCUCAGCCUGUUUUCCCCGAGAACGGACGGUACACUUGGUCGAAAUUCCAUUACCUUGAGGGGGUUGGUGAGAAAGAAGUGAAAGAGUUACGCGAGUUUGUUGAAAAUGUCGGUGCUUUGCAAGUUGGGACUUCGCUCGAAAUAAUUGGAGUCAACACAUCCAAUGAUGCAAGCGAAUACGUUAAUCUGGUCGAAAACGCAUUAGCGGAUAUAGCCCAAGGGGAGUAUACAAAGAUCAUUCUAUCAAGGGCUGUGGAGAUUGAGCACAAGAUCGAUAUGCCUGCAACUCUGCUGCUAGGCCGUCAGGGAAACAAUCCAGCGAGAAGCUUCUCCCUGAAUCAAGGGGGCUAUCAAGCCACAGGGUUCAGUCCAGAAUUAGUGAUGUCCGCGAAGAAUCGAAAAUUGGUGACUGAGCCAUUGGCUGGGACUCGGUCUUGCAAAGGAACAGCAAUGGCAGUAGAUGCACUGCGAAGAGAACUCAAAGGAGACCCCAAAGAGGUUUUAGAGCAUGUACUUUCAGUCCGAGCAACAGUCGAAGAGCUAAGUCAACUUUGUCAGCCGGGAACCGUUGCAAUCGAGGAUUUCAUGUCGGUCAGAAAAUGCGGUCCUGUUCAGCAUCUCGGUUCACGUGUCACAGGGAUUUUAGCAGAUGACAAGGAUAUGUGGAACGCAUUUGAUGUCUUGUUUCCAUCGAUCACCGCGUCCGGUAUCCCAAAACAAGUAGCCAUCAAUGCAAUACAGCGUCUGGAGGCUCGGCCACGCGAGCUCUAUUCCGGGGCGGUCAUCAUGAUAGAUGGCCCUGACUCUUUUGAAGCGGCUCUUGUGCUGCGUACUGUGUUUCAACAGCCAGGUCGACAGUGGAUCCAAGCUGGAGCAGGCAUAAUCUCGCAGUCGAGUCCGGAACGAGAGUUCACCGUAACAUGUGAGAAGUUGGCAAGUAUCGGGCCAUUUGUUGUCCCCAUUGCAACGGAUGGGGAUUCAUAA